ACCUCCUUUCCCCUAAUGAUCACAACCCUCCAUUCAAUGUCCAACGCCAUUCUUUUGACGUGCAUUGUAUUUCCAUGCCUCAAUAACAAUAUAAAUACCACCUAGGAUCCAAAAUAACGUGCUUUCUAGCUAACUAACUAACAAAACUAUUGCAAUAGGCAGUUGGCUUUGGUUAUUACUUAGGUUUUGGCUAUGGAGAAGAGCAAGUCAUUCCCUCAAUACUCUUCAUCUUUCUCUGGGGAGUUUGGAUUUGAAGACCGAUCGAAUUCGUAUAACUUUAAUGGACCAUGCCAAAAGGGAAAUGGUUUUGCAACAUCAAGUGAUCCAGAGCUAAAAAGAAAGAAGAGGAUUGCGUCUUAUAAUGUUUUUACCAUGGAAGGCAAGCUCAAAUCUAAUGUAAGGAACAGUUUCAAGUGGAUCAAGAGCAAGUUCAGCGAUGUUCGGUACGGUAUGUGAAUGUCAGCUACAGCAUGCAUGGAAGCAAAUAUGGCUUAAUUUUAAUUGUGUCAUGAGGUUCUAUUUUCUUUCUCCCUUUCUUUUCCUUUUGUCUCCCAUAUAUAGGAAAGCGGAACAGAGAGUGUCAUGAAUUCGAGAUCUUCUAUGCAUGCAUGGAACAUAUGCCAUGCACCAUCGCCUAAGUUGGGGUGUCCUAUGUUUAAUGAUGAUCAUGAAAAAGAGUUGAAGUUUUCAUCUAUCCCUUUUAUGUAUAUGUAAAUGUGCUGUUGGAUUUGACUGCUAACGCCUCCAACUUGAUGAUAGUUUAAUGUUUCGUUCAUUAA